AGGACCGGUGGCUUGGGUGGUGCGUGCGCAGAUCACUGGAUUACAUUCCCCGUUUACUUCUAGAGCGAGCUGCUGCUGAGACCCUUGUCAUGGUUUGAAUAGAGGUGAUCACCCAACGACAGCUAUUAUUGGACUCGUAAUCUUAUUUGAAAAUCCAAAUCACCAAGAUGCAAAAUUCCGCAAGCAUUUGAAUAAAUACGAAAUUACAGUGCUGGACGAACCGUUUGAUCACGACAGCAAGUGAUGACUGGCCAGUUUAGGUGCACCACUGGCAUUCUAAAUUAAUAUUUUCAUUGUCCAGGCUUCAAAAGAAAAUACCGCAAAGCCUCUAAAGCCAGACUGGAGACCAUGAGAGCUAAGUGAUCGCAAACUAAAGCGGAUAGGUGAAAGCUCAGGGUUGGAAAGGAAGGAACAUCCAGUCAAAUGGAGAAUCUCUACAAGGAUGCUCAGGCCAGCCUGCCCCUGGACAUGGCCAGCUCCCCGACUGCAGUUAGCACCGCCAGUGGCAAGCUUGAAAAUGGAAUGACCCAGCUCAUCACAGCCGAGGCCUGGAACAUUAACCCCACAGGCAUGAUGAAGAAACCCCUGUCCCCGCUUGUGGCGGUGCCAGCUCCUCCCAUGGUGACCCCUUCAGUUGAAUCUCCCACUGGGGUGGCUCUGAAAGUUGCUGCUACUGUCCUCCAACCCAUCUGCCUUGGAGAAAGUCCAGUGAUGCUGCCCAUUCACCUGCAGGUAGCAGGAAGCGCCACUCCUCAAAUGAACCCUGCUGGCAACACUCCUUACGUCAUGACUAGUCAAGGGCCCAUUCCACUGCCACUUGUUCUGGAGCAGCAUGUGUUUCAGCACUUGAACUCUCCCAUGUUGUCUCAGGGCCCUUCUUGUCCCACAAUAUCCUUACAAAACAAUGUCUUGUGUCAGAACUCUUCCCUCUCUUUCAGCCAUGCACCCCCACUGGACCAGAAGUCUUCUACCCAAGCACAAGAGCCUGGGAUCCUGCCUUUAUUCCAGAAUCCAGGCUUUGCCACCAUUCUCCAGGAUCUGUUCCCCUCUCAGAGCAACUUAGGUCCAUCAGUUUGCCAUUCUGCCAGCUCGGCUCCCACAGACAAUUUCUCUUCAAACUUUUUCCCACCACCGCCUAGCCAGACGUAUAGUUCCCCCCUGUCCCCACUGGUGCCCCCUCCCACCCUCCUCGUCCCCUAUCCUGUCAUCGUUCCCCUUCCAGUUCCCAUUCCUAUUCCCAUCCCAAUUCCGGUCCCACAGAGCACCGAAUCUAAGGGAUUCAUAGACUCACCUAAAUCGGUCUGCACUUUGACCAAAAGCACCCAAACUCCUGCUAAAGAAGCUUUGAGCCCCCAGCACAUGCAAACCAGUGUUGUUACACACAUAAGUCAGCUAGCAGUCUCUACAACGCUACCACCCAAUGAUGGGGAAGCACUCGAUCUCUCCAUCAAAGUCCUGCCUUUGCCAACAAAACAGGAAAUUCCUUACCAGCAAGACAGUGUCCUGGAUCUCUCAAUGAGUCGUGUCAGGAAACAGGGUGUACCCAUGUCUCAUUCGGACACCAGCAAAGACCCUCUCAUAUCUUUGGUAGAGCGCCCAACUCGCUCUGGUGAUGAAUCAUCCAGUGCUGCAUUCACUUUAGAUGUCCCACAGCUAAACGAGGGUUUUCAGAAAGUGACUUCAUUUGAGUUUAGCAAACAGCACAAGUGGCUGGUGGACCCCAACAGUAACAGACCUGGCUGUGACCCCAAAUGCGGUGGAAGCAACAUAGAAAUUGUCAGCACGUCCCAGACAGCCAAGGUCAUUGUAGCGGUCAAAGAUGCUGUUCCCGCUAUAUUCUGUGGGAAGAUCAAAGGCCUGUCUGGGGUGUCCACCAAGAACUUUUCUUUCAAACGAGACAGUGCUCAGGAGGCCAUGCUGCAGCAGUGUUACGACGCCAAGACCCAAGCCGAGCAGCGAGACGGCAACGACCCUCUGAAAAAACCUCUGAAAAACAGGGGCAUCAAAUUAAAGAAAAUAAACUCACAGGAGAUACAUAUCCUUCCUAUUAAAAAGCAGCGCUUGGCUGCAUUUUUCCCAAGGAAAUGAGGCACCUAGUGCUUGGGUAAAUUUAGUUGGUGUUGCUUUGAUAACGGGUUAUAUCCUGUUCAUGAAUAUUAGUAAACAAAAAAAUAUGUAAGAAAUAUCCCUGAGUCAGGACACAGUCCUGUAAUUGUUAUUAAGAUAUCCACGGAAAAACCUGUGGUUGCUAAGCUAUUUGAUUCAAAGAACAACUCAUAAUCAAACUGUGGCCUUGAGUGUACCUAACCCACUGUAUCCUAAACACUAAAACUGUAGGAGCAAAAAUAUUGAUGUAUCAUGAAUAUUCUGUUUCACAAAUACAUCAUGAGUAUGUAUUGCCACAAUUGACCCUACUAAUAUUAUCUGCUCCACACACACUUUUAUUCUCUAGUUCCUAGUCUUUUAAUAUUCAUGAAGGAGGAAGACCAGUUGUAAGAGUGACGUAUCUGGUUUCUAUGAUAAGUGACAAAAACAUUUCGAAUGAAUAGGGGUGUGCCGAUAUUCGUAUUUUCAGAGUAAUAACCUUUGAGAAAUUAAAGUUGUUAGGUACUGAUUCAAUGGAUUGAAACAUGUUAAUUACUCAACACACAAAACAAUUUGAUCCCUUGGUUUCCUUUGUUUGCACAAUUAAUGAAUACCAAUCAAUAACAAUCUGGCAAUGGUAUGUAAUUUUUAAGCGAUUAUUUCACUUCCCUUUUUUUUUUAUCCCGGUUCACCGCUGCAACCCCCCCCCGGCGACAAAGGAAAUGGAGGCUGAAACACGGUUCCUCCGAAACACGCUCCUGUCAAUCCGUAAUUCUUCACACUGCGGAUCCACAGCGAAGCCACCAGACUAUAGCACUGGAGGACAGCACAGAUCUGAUAGGGCGCCUGCGGGUCUGCAGUGGAGCCAAUCAACCACAGAGGCCGCUGGUGUACAGUGAACCAUAGAUUCCCCUACCGACCUAAGCCCUCCCUACCUGGGCGGUGCUUGGCCAGUUGUGCGCCGCCCCCUGGGAACCCCUGGUCACGGUCGGCAGUGACAUAGCCUAGAUUCGAACCUGCGAUCUCCAGGCUAUAGGGCGUAUCCUCCACUCACCUUUUUUGAAUGAAAUCAUUUUUAUUUCACUUUCCUUAGAAAUGCAUCAUCUCUGCAGUGAAUUGUGAGAUUGCAGUCCUAGGCAAGAUGUAAUCUCUGAUUAAAUUCAACAAAGAAGUACAUAUCCCAGUUUCCACAGCAGUAGCUCGAGUUUAGGUUAAGGAGUGGUCAUAUUUAUGUGACGACUCAGUUGCUCUUGCUAAGUUUGCAAGAUAUUUUAUAACAACUAUAUAUAAAAAUAAAGAUUAUUAUUAUUACAUUUUCAUUGUCAGUUUGUGGCCUUGGUUCAGCAGAAACAAUAUCAGCACCCAAGAUGAAAUUAUCUUACAUCCGGCUUUUAAAAAACUUACAGGUAGUCUUGGACUACUUUACCUAAAAUAACAUUAGUUAGUCCAAAAUUAGCGAUAAGCAGGGUCCAUGAAACCAACCAUCAAUGUUUAAGUUAAUUGCCAUCGAUUAGUACUCAGCUGUAGAAAAGAUGAAGUGAUGAAAAGUCAGCUUUUCUUGUUUUGAAAUCAAUACAUUAAUAAAUGGAUUUAUUUAAUACCUGCAGACAAAUUCUUCUUAAAGGCAAUUGCUCAGAAAAUAUUAGUAUCCCAUAAGUGGUUGAAAUUAAUGACAUUUUUGCUUUAGGCUUUUGACACAAUUUGGGUAUGUUUUUUUUUUUUUUUUUUUUUUUCAGUUUAUGAGAUGACCCAAGUGUAUUUUGUUUCACAAGCUCUAUUUAUAGCUCAUUUUGCAAAUUACAUUGUCUUGUCAGUGGGAGUAUGGUAGUGUCUCUGUGUGUGUGUAUGGAUGUUACUGUGCUAUUGGUUUAGGCUGAUAAAGAUUAGGUUCUCUCAAUAUUAUUAAAGUUAUUUGAAUGUCUAUAUGUGGUAAGGGACCAUGUCUCAAUUGCUACUUGAAAAAUAAGCAGAGACUACCCCGUCUCACCAGAAGGUCACGCUGUAAGGCAGUGGGCUUUUAACAAGGCAUAUAAAAGGGUGGGUACAAAUAGUAUUAGAAAACAUGUGCCAUAAAUGCUAAAUGUUCAUAAAAUUUAAGCGCUUUUAACUGGUUACAGGCACAAUGAGGUUAGCAAGCCAAAUGUUUAUUUUAGAAAACUUUUUGGAAUAAAAUACAUUCAAUAACAUUUAAAAAGAUGCUAAAGAUUUCAUGUACAGAGCAGAUGCAUGAUGCUUCCAAUUUAAUUGCAGUUUACUUAAAUAAUAAAUUGUAAUUUAACAUGUUAUGGAGAGGAACUUUUGACUUCAGUACCAAUUACUGUGUCUGUAUUUGCCAUGCUCUGCUGUAUUGGGUCCACAGGGCCUACAGUAAUAAAGAAGACACACCCAGGACGGAUGGAAUCUCUAGAUCUAUAAUAUAGUUUGCCAGCUGUAAUAUUUAUUAUACUUGUGAUUGAAGCACACAUAGUAAAAAUUGUCUCAAUAAAAUGGAAAUUGAAGUAUUACAUUUAGUCGAGACAUGUAUUUAUUUAGCAGACGUGAAGUAUUGAAUCUACUCUUCCUUAUCUCAGACUGCAGUGGAUACUGUCCAGAGGUUUCCUGUCCCUCUUGCUUUGCAAUCCACUGAGCCCUGAUCAUUUUUCAGUGGAUUAUUCCUGUGAGUACCCCAUAUUGUAGUGUGCUGUGAAAGGUAGUGCCACAACUGCAAAGGAACACAUAUGAUGCACAUUUGCUUUUCUUUGCAAUUCACUUUUGUAUAAAACACAUAUGCCAAUAGUUUACAUUAAAUGAAAGUUUUAUGUGAGGUUAAUUUAACAGCAUAAAACUAGAAAAAAAAAAUAAAAAUACUGCUCUAACUGAAUACUGAAUCUAACCCAAGGAUGAAAUAAUUGUAAUUGUUGUUCUGCUAUCCAUACAGAGCCUAAAAAAUAUUGUGCAAUUGUGCAUUAAAUGUAUGAUCUUUAUCUAUGUUAGUUUUUUUUUUUUAAAGCCUCUAUUAAGGAUAGCAGCAUUAUAAUUCAAAUUUCAUCCUAGGGCAUGUGGUUUCGUUCAAAUUUUUCACCAUUACAGUUGUUUUAUUUUUCAAAAUGACUUUUUGCACUUUCUGUUUUUGAUUUCAACCAAGGGUGGCACUAUCUUAUAAUUGUGAAACGGCUUAUUAUUACUUUUGUGUGUAAAUAACUUUAAAUGUUUGCAAAACUCUGCAUACAUAUAUGUAUACGUACAUCUUGCUUUGUAUUUAAGGACGCACAUGGGAUGAAGAGUACAGUACGUCAGUGAUAGAUUGCUAUUUUUAAAAAGGUACAGUUAUUGUUCACAUGACUAGGUGAACUGUUCCUGUUUUAUGUACUGUAAGAAGCAAAGAUUUUGUAUGCAAUGAUAUCUGAGUAAUGAUAUUUUAUACUAGGACCGGGAUGGGUUUUUUUUUUUUAAACAAUUCAGCGGGAUGAGGUACAUGAAAGAAGAAAAUAAAAAGUUCUGCAGUAAUGUGUGUGUGUGUGUGUUUUCAUAUACAGUACUGGAAAAUAACGUUUAAUCUGUUUUCUUAAGGGUCAUUGCAGGAGUGUCAAACAAAUUCCUUGAUCAAUAUUUGCUUCACAACGUAACCCCUUUAUUAUGGCAGGAGGAAAACAUUGCCAAGGUACUUAUGAAAUUUAGGUGCAACAAUUAAAAUAUGACAAAUAUUCUUAGAAGGUACAGAGAGCCAGGAAAUAUACAAGGAACAGCCACCAUUUAUUUUAUUUUUUUUUAUAAAAAUACAUGAUGUGAACUGGAGACAAAAUAUUUUCAUUAUUCUGACAAAUCUUUUUAGAUAAGAAUGUAUGCAUGUAGCAGAUCUAUAAUACAACAGUUAUUCCAGUAUUUAGAGUUAAUAAUGAUGCAUAUAAAACAUGACACAUAUAUAUAUAUAUAUAUAUAUAUAAACAUAUGGCACAAUAAAACAGUAAAAUCUUCACAAUAAAGUUGACGGGUCAACAGAAUGUAGUUGAAUUUAGAAGAUCCGAUUACGUUCCAACAAAAGAUCGAAUUCUUCUCUACUAAUCAAGAUCUACUUAAACCUGAGGAAUAUUAAAAUUAAGAAAGGCAAUCUGUCAUGUAGCUUUAAGUAAUCGCUUUUACUUUUUAAACUAAAAACAUCUCUGUAUAAAAAGGCAGUAAAAAAUCUUUACCACAUUUUUUUUUUUUUAAAAGGACUUGUUCCAAUUCUCUAGAAUAGCAUUUUACAAUUAAAGGGUUACUUUGAAAUAUCUUUUUCUACAAAAAAAAUGUACAUUCUUGUCCCUGAAGUUUAUAAUUGAAUCCAUUAAAAAAAACUACAAAAAAAACAAGGCUUGGUAAUAGAACCUGGAAUUUCUCUAGUCACAGGCUGAGACAGUAAAAGGAUACUACCAAAGCUAUCACAGCUUAAAGUGGGGGCAGGGGCAUAAACAACAACAAAAAAAAGAUAUAGCACAAAAAGAUGUAGCACCAGUACAUGGACGUUAAAACAAAUCUGAUAUCCUGAAAUGUAUUCUUUAAGAACAAAAUGUAAAAAAUUAAGUAAAAACACAAGCCCUAUUCAUACAGCUGUUUAACAUGGUCUGUUUCAAUAAAUAAAAAAAGUUGGAGCAAGCAUGGGGUUUAUGUAUUGCAAACCUUCAGUUCAUAAUUGUUUAAUUUCAGUGACAGCCCUUCUGAUUAAACCAGGUCAAAGAAAUCUGGAGGUUGGAGAGAGAGAGAGAGAUAAGAACAUAAGGGGUGCUUGACAGGAUAAAGUGCAUAGAGGGUUUAGUUUUUGCAUAAGGAGGGUAAAUCGAUUAAGAGACAGAAAUUGCCUCAACAGGGGGUUUUGGCAAUGCAAACAGCUUGAACCAUAUUAUUGACAUGUUUUUUAUUAUUGAUUCUUUUGUAAAAACAGCUGCAUAAACAAGCCUUUAUCUGCUGAUCCUUAAAUUAUGUAGAGGUUUGGUAUUUACAUCCGAAUACAGUCAAAUAACUGACUUGUUAAAACAACUAAUUUUGUAUGUAAUAUUUGUUUUUUGUACAUAGCUAACUAUGCAAACUACAGGACAUAGAAAUAUUUUUAAACCAAAAGAAAAAGCAGUUAAGGUAUUAUACAAUAUGUGACCUGUCAUAUAUGUCAAAUAAUACAAAAACAAAAAAACUCCAGUCAUUUUUCAAACCUUAAAUACAAUAAAAUGUCAAUAGUCAUUGUCUUGCCAUGUGUGGUAGAAUCACGCAAACAAUCCUGUCUGUGUAGAAAAGGAUCCAUCUGUGUGGGUCAUACGCAAUUCUCUUGUAAGAAUCACAUGAAUCAAACAUAUAUGCAAUGUAAACACAAGACAGAAUUAUCCUUUGGGAUUCAGCUGAAUUGAUACUGAUACAACAUGAAAAAGCAAUUCAUUUUUUUCUUUUUUUGCGCAAUGAUAAAAACUUUUUUUUUGUUAUUUUAACAAAGGUACUGUGGUCUCUGCAAUAUAAAUAACGUCUCACAAAGGUUCUUCAUCAUUAAACGUGAGACAGUGCCAGAGUUCAGUAUGUUGCUUUGUUUUGUUGCGUUUGCUUAUUGACACGUAU